AUGCGCGCUGACGUUUCCUCUUUCCUGUUUCUGGUUAUACUGAAGUCCAGUUGUAUUUUUUUUUCCCACGGGCUGUUUUUAAUCCAAAGGGAUUUCGGGUGUUUUUUAUGAGUAAUCAAAGGCAACAGAAGCCUACGCUAACAGGCCAGCGUUUCAAAACAAGAAAAAGAGAUGAAAAGGAGAGAUUUGACCCCACUCAAUUUCAGGAAAGUAUUGUACAAGGUCUGAACCAAACAGGCACUGAUCUGGAUGCUGUUGCAAAAUUUCUUGACGUCUCUGGUGCCAAGCUUGACUACAGACGGUAUGCUGAGACCCUGUUUGACAUCCUGGUGGCUGGUGGAAUGCUGGCCCCAGGAGGAACUCUUUCAGAAGACGUAGCCUGCACAGAAUUCUGUGUCUUCAAAGCGCAAGAAGACAUGAAGACCAUGCAAGCGUACGCACAGGUCUUCAAUAAGCUUAUCAGGCGUUACAAAUAUCUGGAAAAGGGAUUUGAGGAGGAAAUCAAAAAGCUGCUGUUGUUUCUCAAGGGGUUCACAGAGUCUGACCGUAACAAACUGGCCAUGAUAACAGGAAUUCUGCUAGGCAGUGGCAACAUCCCUGCAUCCAUUCUGAGCAGUCUCUUCAAUGAGAACCUGGUCAAAGAAGGUGUUUCAGCGUGCUUUGCUGUGAAACUCUUCAAAUCCUGGCUUUCUGAGAAGGACAUAAAUUCAAUUGCUGGCAGUCUUCGAAAGGUUGGCAUGGACAACAGACUCAUGGAACUGUUUCCUGCCAACAAGCGCAGUAGUGAGUACUUCUCAAAGUACUUCAGUGAUGCUGGGCUUAAGGAGCUUUCAGACUUCGCCAAAAACCAGCAGUCUAUAGGUGCUCGCAAAGAGCUGCAGAAAGAGAUACAGGAUCAGAUGUCGCACGGAGACCCCCUCAAGGAUAUUGUCGCAUACGCUCGGGAGGAAAUGAAGAAGAACAACAUCUCGGAGCAGACGAUGAUUGGACUGAUGUGGGCCAGUGUGAUGAGCUCUGUAGAGUGGAACAAAAAGGAGGAGCUGGUUGCAGAACAAGCCAUCAAACACUUAAAGCAAUACAGCCCCCUGUUGAAGGCUUUUACAUCUCAGGGCCUCUCAGAACUUACUCUUCUGCUGAAGGUCCAGGAGUACUGCUAUGAGAACAUCCACUUCAUGAAGGCCUUCCAGAAAAUUGUUGUUCUGUUCUACAAAGCUGAUGUCUUAAGUGAAGAGGCAAUCCUGAAGUGGUACAAAGAAGCCCACUCAGCCAAAGGAAAAAGUGUUUUCAUUGAACAGAUGAAAACAUUUGUGCAGUGGCUCAAGAAUGCAGAGGAAGAGUCUGAAUCUGAGGAAGAGGAUGCAGACUGAGGACUUUAAACAACCACCAUAUUUUUUUAAACGAACCUGACACCAGAUGCUGUCAGUAGAUAUUUUCCAUUUUUUCCCGUCUAUUCUCUACCUCUGCCUGUCUGUGUUAAAAUGUCAUGGAAGGGCUUUAAUAUUUCUUGGACUUGCCUCUUUAAAUCAAUACUUGUACUUCUCUUUCUACUCCUCAAAGAGCCAUUCUCAGUGCCAGAUUUAGGUAAAUAUAUUGAUCUACCACAUAAAGAGAAACUUUUUUAUUUUAUUUUUUUGAAACAGUUCCCUUUUGAGUCGGGCAGUUUGAUGAUUUCACAGCUACCAUAUUUAGUCUUGGACCUCUAAUUUGCCAGAGGCCCAUCUGUGGAGCCAUGAUAUGCUGGUCAUCUGAAAGAAAAACUGUUUUUGUGACCUGUUUUACAUUUCUUCCAGUUAUAUGACAGUGUCAAAUUUACUGCCAUUUUUUUACAGUCUGCCUCCAUCAUUGGCAAUGGAGCUGAGCCACUUGAAACAGCAACUGUUGUGGCAGAUAUUUUGCCCUAUAAAAUAAAAGAAAAACAUGAUAAAUUGCAUGUCAUAAAACCAUGCAAACUUUGCAAGGGUUUUUCUCCUUUUACCUUGAAUUUAAAAGAAUAAAUUGUAAGUAAUCAUU